AGGACAAUCCUUGUCCUUUACAGAGACUCUUUGAGGUUGUCUCUGCAAAUCAAAUAAAAAAAAUCAAAUAAAACCUCAACAAUCGCACAAUUUAACAAAAACCCAAAUCUCCGUUUCCUCAGAAUCUGAAAACAGAGUUGCAGAAAUCUCUCACAUGGAGGACUACUUCGUCUCAGACGGAAUGCUGAUGAAAACGAUGAAGAAGAAGAGGAAGGAGGUGGUGGAGCUUGACCAAGUCAACGAAUACUUCUCCGACUUCUCUCUCUCUUCUCCUGCCAGAAAGAUUCGCCGUCUGGAUGCGCAUUUGCCGCCCAUCAUGGAGGAGGAGGACGCUGAUUUUGCGGCGGCUCCGAAUCAGGUGGAGUCGGCUGCUCCAAUUAUUGAGGAAUUGCCGUCAGAAAACAAUGAGAAGGCCAUUGUGCUCUUCAAGCCCGUCAUUUCCCCUCCUUUUUUCUCUUUACCUUCCGAAUUGAUCUGCGGCUUCAAGGACCAAUUUCCGCGCUCCGGCCAUUACGGUCCGAGACAAUCAGCCGCGGGAGAUGAUGAGGCGGUGCAAAACAGCGAAAAUCAAUGUAAAGCUGUUGUUCCAUGGGUUUAUAGUAAGCUUCAGCCUAGGCCAUCGAUGGAGGUUUCGCAAUCUGAGGCCCCGGAGGAGCUGAUGGAGGCUGAGGAGAUGGGAACAGCAACAAUGGAGAUUGAAGAAGAGAGCAGAGAAGGAAAAGGGAUGGCUAACGGGUGCGGCGGAGGAAUGUGGACGAGUAAUGAAGGGUUUCCUCAGUGGCCGCAGCAGCAUUGUAUGAUUCCACAACCUCCACAAAACACCACCACGCCCAUCACUUGGUUCCGAUGAGACCGAAAGGCGGUAGGGUUUUUCGGGUUGGAAAUCGAGUGGUGCCUCGUUCUUUUUUCAGCAUUUCGACUAUGUUGUAUCAUAUAUUUGGAAAGAGCAGAAGCAGAAAGUCGUGUUAAUGUUAAUAGCAGCAGAGCAGUGUGGGAAUUUGUCGAAGAAUGAUGUAUGUUAAUUAUGAUUUUAAUGAUAUCCAACUCCUAGAGGUUAUUAUUUUGA